AUGGAUACCGCCAAGCCGACUGGCACUAACAUCGAGUCCAAUGGCGACACGACCUCGGGUUUCGUGAAGAAGGAGUCGUUCGGCUCAAAAGCGAAACGCCAUUGCACGAGGUUCUGGUGGCUGUGGCUCGUCAUCUUUGCCAUCGUCAUCCUUGUCGUCGUGCUGCCCAUCAUCUACGUGGGCGUGCCGCACAAGGGACAGGAUGAGCUAAACAAAGCCGACGUCCAAGUAAUACGCCAAGAGAUCACCGACCCUCAGCCUAAUUCCUUCCAUCUUGUGCUGAACAACAACGUCACGAGCACCAGCAGCUAUCAUCCUACACUGUCCUCGUUCAAUGGCUCGCUCUUCCUAGAAGAUUCACUGCCAGACAUCAAGCCGUUUGGCUACAUUACCAUCCCGGAGGUCAAAUCCGAGAGCGAGGUCCAGGUUGACGUCGAGCAGGAUGUAGAGGUUGCGGAUAUGGACCAGUUCAUCGCCUACAACAAGCUGGUCAUCAGCAGUGAAGAGUUCAGGCUCGGUUUGCGUGGACGGCCGUCCGUGAAGCUCGACGGCCUGCCCUCUUUUGACGUCGAUUACAACAAGGUCGUCACGAUGAAAGGCCUCAACAAACUUGCCGGCUUGGCAAUCACCUCGGCUGACAUAAGGACCACCCCUGAGCCGGAUGGCGCAACGCUUCUCGGCACGCUCUUCAUUCCCAACCCGUCGGUGCUUGCCGUAUCGAUGGGUAACGUGACCAUGGACCUUUCUGUCAACGGCACCUCGAUCGGAUACACGCUCAUCCCGGACCUAAACCUCAUGCCCGGCAACAACACGUUCAACAUGCGCUCCUAUGUCGACACCAAGCUCGUGCUCGGGCUCGUCACAAAGCAGUACACUGAUUUCGUGCUCCCGCUCGAUAUCAUCGGCAACCGCAGCGUCAACUCUGCGGGUGAGCGCAUUCCGUGGCUGGAGGCGGCUAUCAAGGAGAACACUAUCCGCUACGAUCUCGAUCUCUCGACUGCUCUAGGCGGAGGUAGUUCAUAG